GCUUCACGACGGCAAUCCGCGACUUUGGCACGUUUCCCACGAAUUAACGCCCCAACCCCUCAGACACAAUGGCCAAGCAAUCUCGUGGUGCCCCCGGUGGCAAGCUCAAGAUGACCCUGGGUCUCCCCGUCGGUGCCGUCAUGAACUGCGCCGACAACUCGGGUGCCCGCAACCUGUACAUCAUCUCCGUCAAGGGUAUCGGUGCCCGCCUGAACCGCCUGCCCGCCGGCGGUGUCGGCGACAUGGUCAUGGCCACCGUCAAGAAGGGAAAGCCUGAGCUGCGAAAGAAGGUCCACCCUGCCGUCAUUGUCCGACAGUCCAAGCCCUGGAAGCGAUUCGACGGUGUUUUCCUGUACUUCGAGGACAACGCUGGUGUUAUCGUCAACCCCAAGGGUGAGAUGAAGGGCUCUGCCAUCACCGGCCCCGUCGGCAAGGAGGCUGCUGAGCUGUGGCCCCGUAUUGCCAGCAACUCCGGUGUCGUCAUGUAAAGGGUGUUUUUUUCAAACGAAAGGAGGAAGGGAGUUUUUUUUUUAUAUCAAGAGGAAGAAAAAAAGAAACACAAUGACCCAAGUCCCUCGAUGCGAACUUAUAGAAGCGUGGAAGUUCUUCUUCUUCUCCACCUUCCCACCCUCCCUUCUUCUCCCCCAAACCCUGUUUUUCUAUUCCUAAUUUCUUUGUUCGUAUGGGAGAAAACUGGGCUCUGAGGG